GUCCUCAUCUGCAGCAGCGUCGCAGACAGUUUGUCGUCCUACACGUCAUCCCGUCUGUUGUCUGUCUCCACCGUGUGGCUCUAACAGAUUCCCGGGUCCUCCUCCAGAUGGAAGAAGCAGUGGACUUGCUCCACGUUGCUGCUGUAAUGAGCCCUCCGGCUGAACGGUGCAGACGGGCAACAGCUGGGUUGACUGAUCUGAAGAAGCUCUUUGGAUCUCAGCGUCACCUGGACUUGAUCUCUCCUUGUUGACUGAGCAGCUGCUGGUCAUUGUGACUUUUUUUUGUCAUGUGUACUUAUCUAGGCAACCCAAAUCCUGAACCUCUGCGUUGUUGGAGUGAGCUAAUUUAGUCUUCCCCGACUGCACUAUUGUCUUGGAGAGAGGCAUCGCUCGGAGAAGGGUGGCAGCUGUGACUGUAAAUGUGUGUCCCUGCCGGCACUGGACUGCGCCACCCCCAAAGUCUCCUGCGCCAGCUGAGAGCCCCUGGAAGCCACCUGGUGUGCCUCUGGGAUGGUGUGACCUCCAGCCAGCUGUUGGCCGUCCCACAUCUGGGUCAAGAUGCCAGUGAUGAAGGGCCUCCUGGCCCCACAGAACACCUUUCUGGACACCAUCGCUACGCGUUUCGAUGGCACUCACAGUAAUUUCCUGUUGGGUAACGCCCAGGGCCACCGCGGCUACCCGAUCGUCUACUGCUCGGACGGCUUCUGCGAACUGACGGGCUUCACGAGGACCGAGGUGAUGCAGAAGAACUGCAGCUGCCGCUUCCUGUACGGGGCCGACACCAGCGAGCAGGCGGCCCAUCAGAUGGAGAAGGCUCUGGAGGGCCGAGAGGAGUACCAGGCCGAGGUCCACUUCUACAAGAAGAACGGUGUGGCCUUCUGGUGUUUUCUAGACAUCGUGCCGAUAAAGAACGAGAAGGGCGAAAUGGUUCUCUUCCUCUUCUCGUUCAAGGACAUCACCGACACCUAUGGAAGGGGCCACCAGAACAGCAAGAAGGAGGGUUCAGAGGACAAGAGGCACAGGCGGAAGAGCAGCUCCCACUUCGUCCAGGCCAGGAAGCGUGGACGCACCAUGUUGUACCAGCUGACCAGCCAGUUCUCACGGGGAGGCAAAAGAGAAGUCAACCUGGGUGGCGGCAUGAAGCCGUCAAUACCGGAGUACAAGGUGGCAGCAGUGCAGAAGUCUCGCUUCAUUCUGCUCCACUACAGCGUCUCUAAAGCCCUGUGGGACUGGCUCAUUCUGCUGGCCACCUUCUACGUGGCCGUCACGGUGCCCUACAACGUCAGCUUCACGCCGUACGAUGACACCGUCACAGCUGCACGCUCCACCAUUGUCAGCGACAUCGUGGUGGAAAUGCUCUUUAUUAUCGAUAUUAUUUUGAACUUCCGCACCACCUAUGUGAGCCAGUCAGGGCAGGUGGUGUACGAGGCGCGCUCCAUUUGCAUUCAUUAUGCCACCACCUGGUUCUUUGUGGACCUGGUGGCUGCCCUGCCCUUUGACCUGCUGUAUGCCUUCAACAUCACAGUGACCUCCCUCGUCCACCUGCUGAAAACGGUCCGCCUGCUGCGCCUCCUUCGUCUGCUUCAGAAGCUGGAUCGCUAUUCGCAGUACAGCGCCAUGGUGCUGACCUUGCUUAUGUCCGUGUUUGCCCUGCUGGCACACUGGAUGGCCUGCAUCUGGUACAUGAUUGGACGUAAAGAGAUAGAGACCAACGAGACCUGGGACAUCGGGUGGCUUCACGAGCUGGGCAAACGUCUGGAGACACCCUACGUCAACAGCACGGUGGGCGGCCCGACGGUGCGGAGCUCCUACAUCGCUGCCCUUUACUUUACCCUCAGCAGCCUGACCAGUGUGGGCUUCGGCAACGUCUGCGCCAACACCGACGCUGAGAAGAUAUUCUCCAUCUGCACCAUGCUCAUCGGCGCGCUGAUGCACGCCCUGGUCUUCGGUAACGUGACGGCCAUCAUUCAGCGGAUGUACUCGCGGCGCUCUCUCUAUCACACACGCAUGACGGACCUGAAGGACUUCAUCCGCGUCCACCGUCUGCCCCAGCAGAUCAAGCAGCGCAUGCUGGAGUACUUCCAAACAACAUGGUCCGUCAACAACGGUAUCGACGCCAACGAGCUCCUCCACGACUUCCCUGAUGAGCUGCGGGCCGACAUCGCCAUGCAUCUGAAUAAGGACAUCCUCCAGCUGCCGGUUUUUAAGGGGGCGAGUCGUGGCUGCCUGCGCUCGCUGUCUCUCCAUAUAAAAACCUCCUUCUGUGUCCCUGGGGAGUACCUCAUCCGUCAGGGUGACGCGCUGCACGCCAACUACUUUGUCUGCUCCGGGUCCCUGGAGGUGCUGAAAGACAGCAUGGUGCUGGCAAUAUUAGGAAAAGGAGACCUGAUUGGGUCUGAUCUGCCUGGAACCGACCAGGUGAUCAAAUCCAACGCCGACGUGAAGGCGCUGACCUACUGUGACCUCCAGUAUAUCAAUGUGCGCGGUCUGAGAGAGGUGCUCCAACUCUAUCCUGAGUACUCCAGUGUGUUCACCUCUGACAUCCACAACAACCUCACCUACAACCUGCGUGAGGGCAGCCAGGACGAGGGCCUGAGCAGGUUUUCAAGGUCACCCAGGAUUCCCCACGAAGCCAGGCUCCCCUCUAUUGUGGAAACUAAGGGGGAUGACCUUGACGACUGCUUCCACCUCUCUCCGGCUACCCGCUCCCGUCACAACCUCCUGCUUCCCAACUUCAGCAGCCCCGUGCGCCGCACCUCUCUGGGAAACCUCCUGGGGGACGAGUUGCGGCAAUUCAACGCCCUGCGCCGCUGCCGUUCACCAAACCUCAGCCGUGGCCUCCACGGGCAGAGCGUGUCCCCUCAGCCGCUGUCGAAAAGAGAGCACGGCUUCCCUAAAGCCACCUCGACUUCGGCCCAGGGGGAGCCGCGGGUCGAGAAAAAGCCUUCGAAGCUGCUCAUCCCAACGCUCACCUGCUCCGGACCCCCAGAUCUCAGUCCCAGGGUUGUAGACGGCAUCGAAGACAAUGGACGUGCGUUCCACUUCAACGUGGAGCACAGCAGGCCCAAAGCCAGCACAGGAGGCAGCACCCAAGACUCCACACAGGAGUAUGCUACCCUGCUGCUUGAGACAGAGGAGGUCAAAGAGAGCAUCAGUCAACUCAACCAAAAGAUGGGCACAUUAAACCAGGAAGUAUCUAACCUCACCAAGGACCUGCACCACAUGAUGCACCUCCUUCAGGCGCACGUAUCUGUGCAACACUACAAAGCCUCCCUCCCUUCAUACCCGUAUGGCAUCCAAACGGGGUCCAGCCCUUCUACAGUCCUCAACACUGGCAUGCCCUUCAAUUUAGAUCCAACCUUCCCCCCCAAUAACGAUCCCGGGAUUCAGGAAGGCCACAGCCAACGAAGUGUUGCGCCUGGUGGCCAUUGGAACUACAGCGGAGCCACUGAAACCCAAACAGAGAGGCGGCGCUGGCCUCGAUCCUCGAGUCCGCCUGUCGUCUCCGGUCUGCCCCUCUCUGUAAACUCUGCAUCCAGGUCAGGCCUGUGUCACAGCUCUGAGAGUAUGACGACACGUCUGUGGACAAGACCGUCUCCUCUGAGCGCCAGCACGGGCUUCCAGGGUGGAAGUCCAGGCCUCGCACCUCAUGCUGGGUAUGGAGACUCUGACAGCAGGCAUCUCAGUGCGAGCCCGACCACCAUCAGCCAAUCCCAGCCGACUUUGUGCCUGCAGCCUUCCAGUGAUGGCGAUGAACAUUCUUGCCUUUCGUCCGGUGCGCCCACUGGUACGUCCACACACAGCCUGCUGGACUCGUCACCCAAUUCACACCCCCAGCUCUCCCUGCCCUCUGAGUCGCAUCUCAACUCAUCACAAGCCUCGCACGAGGACAUUUGUGUUCUGGUAUCCGCGACAACAUCCCAUAAUCUGAUCAAGGACAUCUCCCUCUUCCAAAUCGAGGACCCGCGCCCCUCGGUCCACCCUGUUUCUGCAUCUCCACCAAUAUUGCCAGGCCACCCUCAUGGAUCCUCCCUGGAUUCGGCCUCACCGCAAUCAGACGCUCUCGAGCCUGAUCUUCCACUGGGUGACCCGUCUGCCGAAGAACACACCAGUCUGGAGUGUCUACUGGGCAAUGGGAGCUCUAUGGAGAGCAGGGACAGUGAAAGUGUAUCAUCGCGAAGGUCCAGCAUUGGUGUUCAGACUCAGAGCACAGAGCAGUCGUGGUGUCUGGACCUCACAGAUUGAACUGUUUUAAGAGUAGACUCACUGACUUCCUUAUGGGAACACCAAGUAUAGACAUGCAACGACUUACAGUGUUAAAGAGACCCUGCUGGAGAAUAUCAAUGUGUGCGGAAUUUCCCCCUUUUCAUUUCUGGGAUCUCAUAUUUAUCGAACUCCAAUCAAAUUUACACAAUUUCUAUGCAAAAGCAUGUAAUUUGUGCAUUAUCUUGGAUUUACUGAAGUGUGUCUUUCAAUAAAACAGUUGAUUAUACCUGUUACCUCCUUGCAUGGGAAAGUUGUUUAUUCUUUUUCCUAAGGAAAAGGUUUCCAAAAUAAUGUGUAAGCAUUCUACAUGACAACCUGUUGAUUGUGAUACACAGAUACUGUAUUUGUAAAGCUGACAGCUCAGAGUGUUUAUGUUUUAAUAUGUAAAGGAACACAAAAAUACAUGAUUCACCUUGCAUAUAGGGACUAGUGUUUGUGCAUUAUUGAAAUAGAUUGUUUAUUGUUUUAAAUGGAAUGUUUUUCUCACGUUUUUGGACUAUGAAUAUCUAAUAUCCAAUCACUUCAAAGCAGUACACUGUACAUCAUUUAUGAUUUCAAUAAAAUUCCAUUGAAUAGUU